GUCUCCAAUUCAGAGCCAUAUGCAACUUUAAAACAUUUUCUUCAGCUUGAAGUACUUCUUCUUCUUCUUUACUCUCUCCGAGAUAGAUAGAUACACAUAGAUCCAAAUCCAAAUCUUUUUCUUCACUUUCUCAAAUCUAAACUUUAUUUUUAUCCUUCGUAUUCCUUUUUAUUAGCAGCGUGAGUUAGUGAUUAUCGCCGCCAACACUAGACAGACAGAACAAGAUCCUUCUACUUUAGUUUUUUCCGCUGUUUCUUACAACCUUAAUUUCUCCAAAACCUCUUUCUCUUUCAUCUUCCAACCACUUCUGUUCAAGUUUUUUAUUUUAAGGUUGUCUCUUUUUGUUAUUCUCUUCAGUGAUCUGAAUUAAUCGAAUAUAGUUACUAAGAUGCCUCCUGAUCAGAGAAAAAAGUCAUCUAUAGAUGUGGACUUCUUUACAGAAUAUGGUGAAGGGAGUAGAUACAUGAUAGAGGAAGUAAUAGGUAAAGGAAGCUAUGGUGUGGUUUGCUCUGCAUAUGAUACACACACUGGAGAAAAGGUUGCAAUAAAGAAAAUUAAUGACAUAUUUGAACAUGUUUCUGAUGCUACCCGCAUUCUUCGUGAGAUCAAGCUUCUUAGACUCCUCCGUCAUCCUGAUAUUGUGGAGAUCAAGCAUAUUUUGUUACCUCCUUCUAGAAGGGAAUUCAAAGAUAUAUAUGUUGUUUUUGAACUUAUGGAAUCAGAUUUACAUCAAGUCAUCAAAGCAAAUGAUGACUUGACUCGAGAACAUUACCAAUUUUUUCUUUAUCAGCUUCUUCGAGGUUUAAAGUAUAUACACACAGCAAAUGUUUUUCACCGUGAUCUAAAGCCAAAAAAUAUUUUAGCAAAUGCUGACUGCAAACUGAAGAUUUGCGAUUUUGGUCUUGCCAGAGUAGCUUUCAAUGAUACACCGACUGCUAUAUUCUGGACAGAUUAUAUUGCAACAAGGUGGUAUAGGGCUCCUGAAUUGUGUGGAUCCUUUUUCUCCAAGUAUACUCCGGCUAUAGACAUAUGGAGCAUUGGCUGCAUUUUCGCGGAACUUUUAACUGGAAAACCUCUUUUCCCAGGGAAGAAUGUUGUCCAUCAAUUAGACCUCAUGACUGAUUUCCUUGGAACACCAUCUCCUGAAGCCAUCGCUAGGAUACGUAACGAGAAAGCUCGGAGAUACUUGAGCACCAUGCGUAAGAAGAAGCCAGUUCCUUUGUAUCAAAAGUUUCCUAAUGCAGACCCCCUUGCUCUUCGUGUGCUAGAAAGAAUGCUGGCAUUUGAUCCUAAGGAUCGACCUACUGCAGAAGAGGCUCUAGCGGAUCCAUAUUUUAACGGUUUGGCCAAGUUUGAGAGAGAGCCUUGUGCUCAGUCAGUAAGCAAGAUGGAAUUUGAAUUUGAGAGACGCAGGAUAACAAAGGAAGACGUGCGAGAGCUUAUAUACAGAGAGACUCUGGAGUACCAUCCAAAGAUGUUAAAGGAAUAUCUAGAAGGAGCAGAGCCAACAGGAUUCAUGUAUCCAAGUGCUGUGGACCACUUCAAGAAGCAAUUUGCAUACCUUGAGGAGCAUUAUGGAAAAGGUGGUACUGUUAGUCCACUUGAUAGGCAACAUGCAUCAUUACCCAGGCAGUGUGUGUUGUAUUCAGACGACUCAAGACAGAAUAUGGCUGAGGUUGCCGCAGAUGAUCUCUCCAAGUGUUGCAUUAAAGAAGUUGAGAAGCCGGUCAUUGAUAGGAGUGGUGGUGUUCCUAUGAACAGGCUUCCUUUACAAGCUCCUCAAAAUAUUCAAGGUGUCAUGACUAAUCGAAGUGUUGCCCCACGGCCCAGAAAAGUUGCGGGUUCCCUAUUGCAUUACAAUGGUGGGGUAGCAGGGGCUGACCAACGGAAGACAACUAGAAAUCCAUCUGUUCCAGCUCAGUAUGCUGCUUCAAGCUAUUCAUAUCCUAAAAGAAAUCCAAGCUGUAAAAACGAGAGAGCAGAAGAUGGAAUUGAAGGUUCUAAUGGACUUCAGUCGAAGCCUCAAUACAUAGCACGGAAAGUUGCUGCUGCUCCAGGUGGAGCUGGAAGUAACUGGUAGAGUUUCAAUAUGUUAAAUUUGUGGCUGAAUCUGAAAGCUGCCCUUGUGCCUGACAAAUGGUAUCUGGAUAUCUUGUUCCGGAAGAAACUGUGAUCGAUCAUCUGAAUUCAACAGAAGAUAUGAGUGGCAUAGCUUUGUUUGCUAAUUGCUAUCAAACAGUGGGAAAGCCAAACGGAUUAAAAGACUAAAAAGUCCCUAGCUGAUAUUUUUAUUAGGUCUUGCAAUUUGUGUCGCCGAUUUGAAGAUUCGAAGGUUCCACUAUGUCCGAUUAUGAUUAUCUUGCUCCCUAGUUUGUUAAUAACAGAGAAAGAGUGAUCUUAAAAAAGGCAUCAAAUGAAAGCAGUGCAGUUACAGAUACAUGUAUGUGUGAUGCUCUCUUUCUGGCAGAAUACAAGCCAUUGGUUUGCUUUCAUUUUUCGGCACCACAACAAUGACAUUUGUAGUUUUAUAAUCAAAAUAAUGAUCUCUUCCUCACAUAUAUGCUCACCAUAUCUCAUGUGUUAUCUGUUGCCACUUAUUAGGACACAACAACAUAGUGAAAUGUCAUGAUUUAAGACUUUGAUAUAUUCAUUUUCAAGUUUUUAUUUUACUAUGUUGAAGAACACGUUCUCUAUGACUGUGUCAUGUCACUCCAGCAUUGUUGUAGUUGUUAUUACUUCCUUUCAUUCAAAGAAUAUAGUGGGCAUGAAUUUUUAUUUCUCACAA